UAUGCAAUAUCCCAUGCAUGGAUGUCUGACCAGGAGCACAAAGAUGUGUGGACACCCAUCAAUGGCUAUGAAUGGCCUGUGCCAAUUCCCAAAGAUGCAGACCUCAAUCACAUCCAGAUUGAGAUGUUGAACUUUGGAGCUCAGUAUGUGUGGCUAGAUGUUCUGUGUUUGAGGCAAGCAGGUGGGAAGAGGGAGGAUUUGUGCAGAGAAGAGUGGAAGGUUGAUGUUCCUACCAUUGGAGCUAUCUAUCAUGAGGCAAAGGUGGUGUAUUACCUCAGUGGGCUGGGUCAUCCAUUUUGUUUGAAGUUGGGGGACUUGGAAAGUGAUCAGUGCUGGUUCAGGUGUGCAUGGACACUACAGGAGGUCAGCUGUGAUUAUAUCAUUGGUGGGGUGACUGGAAAUCACUGGAUGGAUGAAGACAUGCAAACCAGGUGUGAUGGACAACUACAAUCAUUGCAGAACAUGAGAGAUCAGAGCAUGUGGUACAUCCUGUCACAGAUGCAGAAUCGCAUGUCAACAAAGCCUCUCGAUAAAGUAGCUGGCCUGGCAUACUUUCUCUCCAAGAAAUCUAUCCCAAUAUACAAUGAGGCACAAUCUGAAGAGGAUGUCUGGGUAGCACUUACAGAGGUGAUGUUUGAGAUGUAUUGUGUGGAAUUGCUCUUCUCAUACCCUGAACCUGGGAAUGGACAGACGUUGGCAACCAUCAUGGAAUCAGAUAAUGGCAAUGCCAUUUAUAUCACAUACUAG